AUGGAAGCUAUAAGCAAAAUAAACGUCGAGAAAGAAGAAAAAAAGGAAUCAAUAAAACCUGAUAGUAAAACUGGUCAGUACCAACGUUUCACAGGAUUGUUUAACGAGCAAAAGGAAAAAAACAUUGAAGAAAUUGAGGAUGAUGUAUUAAAACUUUACCAAGCAAAGGAAAAACUAAAAAAAGAGAAUCCUACUAAGGAAGAAAAAGAAGCAUUUGAAAAAAAGGAAAAAGAAUAUGAUAAAAAAUUCCAGGAGGCCAGAGAUAAAACUAUUGAUAAUAUUAAAGAACAAUUAAAAGAAAAUAAGUUAAAUAUUACGGAAUUAGAUGACCACAAAAACUUAGGGGAAAGGGUAUCGCAUGACCCCUUGAAGUUCUUUGUUGCUUCUCCACUUAAUAAAGUUAAAAAAGCCCGUGACCCUUCUUUAAGCGUUGAGGAAAGAGAACAAUUAAACUUGGAAGCCUCCUCUUUAUUUAAAUAUGCUCUUUUUAAUGGUUGUAUGAUGAUGUUGUUUACUUUUUUCCUUUCUGUUCACCCCGCUUUCUUUGACCGCACGAAUCCUUUGUUUCAGUCCGGAACGCCGGGAACCAGAUGA